AUGGCAGAUAAAAAGCCCCCAGCUCCUAAGACUUUGCCAGGAUGGGCGAACUUCGUUAUUGGUGGAUUGAGUGGAAUGUUCGCAAUAUGUGUGGUACAACCUAUGGAUCUUAUCAAAACCAGGAUGCAGCUGGCUGGCCCCAAAGGCUCCAUUGGUGAAGUUGUAGGUGGUAUCAUGAAAAGUGAAGGUGUUUUUGGCUUCUACAAUGGCCUCAGUGCGGCGCUGUUCCGUCAAGCCACUUAUACGACUGGCCGACUUGGAUGUUUCAAUGCAGUCUUUGAUUAUUAUCAAUCAAACUUUGGCACACCAAAUCUCGCGGCUAAAAUUGGAUUGGGAAGCUUCGCGGGUGGCGUGGGCGCGCUGAUUGGAAAUCCAGCAGAAAUUGCUCUCAUCAGAAUGACGGCUGACGGAAGACUGCCGCCAGAUAAACGAAGGAAUUAUAAACACGUCAUAGAUGCUUUGGCCAGGAUAUGUCGCGAAGAAGGAAGCAGUGCUCUCAUGCGUGGAAUGACCGCGACUGUCACCAGAGCGAUGGUGGUCAAUGGGGCACAACUAUCUACUUACCAGCAGUCACGUGAAAUGUUGCUAGGAAGCAUGGCUGACGGCAUCCCCCUGCACGCCACGUGCGCUAUGAUCGCUGGUCUGGUAACAUCUGCGGCCUCUCUUCCCGUAGAUAUUGUCAAAACGAGAAUCCAAAAUUCAACGCAAGGGGCGGGGCAAGUAACUGUUUUAAUGAAUAUAAUAAAAAAUGAAGGGAUCCUGGCGCUAUGGAGCGGAUUUCUGCCGACCUACGCGAAAAUAGGACCCCACACAAUAUUUACAUUUAUUUUUUUAGAACAAAUGAAAGCUUUAUACUUCAGAUGUGCUUAA